AUGGUGACUUAUAGUAUAAAGCAAUUGAUGGGUCUUUGUUCGGAUUAUGGACUUGAUGCACAAGUUCAAAAGAUUCUUUUUUCAUUGGAUUUAUGGGUACCUAAAGCAGCUCGGGAAGUACAAAUCGAUAAUGUUGCACAACAACAGUAUGCUUCAGCUACUCAUUCUGGCUUCAAUCGUGCUAGAUCGCCGACGAGCAAUGAUAGCACAAUAAAUAUUCGUAAUGUCAACAAUAGAUCGUGUCGUACGUUCGCUUCACGGUCGAUGUCCGCUGGUGUUUUUCAUAGUUCAAUGGAUUCAGGAAGUAGUGUAUCGGCAUGGAAAACUGACACACGUGAUUCCAAUAAAGCCAAUACAACAACAACAACAACUACGUCGUUAAUUAAAAAGUCUAGCAAUGGACUUAUUCUGGAUGAAACAUCUCAAGCAGGCCAAUCACAAGUUAAACUAAUGCCUAUUUUAGAAAGUGGUGAAAAUGAAGAUAAAUUAAAUGAACAACAACCUACUCGAAUCAAUCAAAAAAUUUCAUUUAAAACAACAACACUGGAUUGGACACCAAAUGACAAUGAACCGUCAGCCUCAACAACUGCUGGUCGAGCAUCGAUCGAUGCCCUCUUUGAAUUGAGUGUCCGUGCUGAUUCAGCUCUUAAAACAGCUUUAUGUGAAAAUGCAGCACUAUCAACAAAUAGGACACAAACAAAUUCGAACGAUCGUAUAACUCUACGUAAAAGUGUUAGCGUUAUGAAUCAAAAACAAAAAACUGGCAGUGGUCGUUCAUUGAUACGUGCUAAAUCCGAUAUGGCUGGUAGUGAUGCAAGUCGUAAACGUGCUUUAUCACACAUUGCACGCGCUUCGGAACGUUAUUUUAGUGAUGAGCCGAAAAUCAUCGCUGACAUUGAAGAACUUGAGCUUGAAUAUUUAUUUAAUUAUAUUCGUUAUUUGAAAACAUUUCCUAAAUAUACUAAUAUGACUGAAGAUGAAAUUUUACAAGAAGUCGAAAGUGAUCCACAUACAUUACGUCAACGUACCAAAGAAAUUUUAAAAGGGAAAAUGUCUGAUUCUUAUGCAGUUUAUAUUGCUAAAUAUCCAAUAAAAAAACAACGUCGACGUGAACAUCCAACAUCACCAAAUAAAUAUCGUAAAUGUUCACGACGCUGUUUCGAUGGUCAACUACGUACAUGGCGUCGUAAUCUACAUCAAUUCGACGAAGAAAAUGAAAACAAUAAGCAAGAAUUAAUAGACACGAUUGAAAUGCCUAACGUCGAUGAAAUAAAUCAACCAAUUUCUAUCGAUGAUCAAGCUACUAGAUAA